AUGUGUAGAGCGACCUCUGCUGGAGUAGGCAGUAACCUCCAGGACCACCUGGAGCUGUACGUGCAGCAGCAGUGUCUUCAGCCGAUCACGCUCUACAAGUCCCAGAAACCUCUGCACAUGGUCCGGAUCGGACUGGAGUGGCUCACUAUGUUCACUGGUUAUGGAGCCACGGCUCACCUGGAGAGUGGGGGGUUUAUCCGCAGUCGUCCUGGAGUCUCACAUCCAGACAUUCAGUUCCACUUCCUGCCGUCGCAGGUCAUCGACCACGGGAGGAAGAACUCUGAGGUCGAGGCCUACCAGGUCCAUGUGGGGCCCAUGCGCAGCACUAGUGUGGGUUGGAUGAAGCUGAAGAGCCCUGAUCCUCUGGAGCAUCCCAUCCUGCAGCCCAACUACCUCUCCACUGACAUAGACGUGUGGGAGUUCCGAGAGUCGGUGAAACUGUCUCGGGAGAUCUUCGCUCAGAAAGCCUUCGAUGCCUUCAGGGGGGCGGAGCUUCAGCCCGGUCCUUCCGUCCAAUCAGACGCAGAGAUCGAUGCGUUUGUGCGGCGGCGUGCGGACAGUGCGUACCACCCGUCCUGCACGUGCCGCAUGGGCGCCGAGAGCGACCCCCGUGCCGUGGUGGACGCCAACGGCCGCGUGCUGGGGCUGGACGCUCUGCGGGUCGUGGACGCCUCCAUCAUGCCCAGCAUCGUCAGCGGCAACCUGAACGCUCCCACCAUCAUGAUGGCGGAGAAGCUCAGUGACAUCAUCAGAGGGCGCCCGCCACUGGUGGACCACGGCGUUCCAGUGUACAAACCGCUAACGCUGCAGACGCAGAGAUGA